GAGACAGGAGAGACAGGUGGACGUGACAGCUGAAACACCAGCAGCAGCUUACACACAUCUCUGCAUACAGACUGUGGCACCCCGCUGAGCACAAUGGGUGACCCUGAACAUACGCACCCUCCUCCCUACCUCGGUGAGUCGGUUCAGACGCCGGUUUACCACCUCCACUCGCCAUUCUCCCCAGCUAAUGAACCCUCACCGUCCAGCGAAACUAUCACACCAGUGUUCACCAGCGGAGGAGGAAACCUCAAUGCGGGUUUCGAACCUGGAGAUGGCAAAAAGAAGUUUGUGAGCUAUGACGGGGCUCUGGGUGAUUCUCCCGGCAUGACGACCUGCACCUCCUGCCAGCAGCAGGUGAUGACCAACGUCACCUACAAAGCAGGGACGUACGCCUGGCUGAUGUGCUUACUCUUCAUCUGCUGCGGGUUAGUCCUGUGCUGCUGCCUGAUUCCCUUCUUCAUGAACAAGUUCAAGGAUGCGUGGCACACAUGCCCCCGCUGCAACAAAGUGCUGCACGUUGAAAAGAGACAAUGCUGUAAAUGACGAACAUGAGGGCAGAAAAUGAGCCAUAAAAGUCAGAAAUAACAGCCUGCCACCUUUGUCUUAUCAGCUGCAUUUUUAUGAACCUGACAAAGAUGGGUAACAAUUUAAAUGUAGUUUACUUCUAUGGAGCCGUUGAAUUGGCCAAAGUAAAAUCUUAUUAUUAGCAUACAGACUGGGAAUUAUUGUGUUGUCAGAGCUUUAAUAUUAUCUGCUCGCUUGUUGUUUGUUUUGUUUUUAAAAGAUCCUGCAAAUUAAGUCAAGCAUACCCCAUGCACUUCGUGGGAGCCAUUUUAUUUUUGUUCCAUACCAGCAGAAAUAUCUCUCUAUUAUCUUUUACAGAAACUGCUGCUGCAUACAUUAUUUUGUUAAAAAUGAAGGACUGUAAAUAAACUUGAUCAAACACUUGA